GAAGGGCUGAGCAUGCCCUUUCCCAGGGCGCCCCGGGAAGUUAACGCAGUGCUUCAGGUGUGGCUCCGGGGCCAAGGACCUGCGCCCAGAUGUCGUGACUGUAGCCCCACCUUGUGUCCACGCACCGGGCUGCCGUGACCUUCCCGCCGUUAGGGAUGAGGCCCGUGGAGGCCCGGGGCACGGGCGAGGCCCUGCAGGUCUGUCUGCUGGCACUGCAGAGUCGGCACUGACUCUUCCUAGCCCCGGCCCCUUGCUUCACCCCCACGUUAGGAGCCCGCUCAUCGGGGUGCACAGGAACGUCCUCACUGCACAAGCCACCCCUGCAGAUCAAAGUAAACAAGAGUACCCGUGGCCCCCAAAGAGGCCCAGCACCCUGGGCAGGGAUGGGGGAGCACCGCCCGCAGCUUCCACGGGCCUCUGCGGGAUCUGAGGGAGGAGAGGUUUCCCUCCUUGGGAACUUCGCGUCAGGGUCUAGCCUAGCAUGUUCACGCUCCGGGAGACAGGCCCAGCUUGUCCGCCUCCCCCAGGGCCAGCGGCUCCUGUUGUGGUGCAGGAGGUUUACCUGGGAGAACCAGUCUGCUUUUUUCUCUGGGUUGGGUGGACUUUCCUGGCCAUUUUCGGGACAGAGCUUUUUGGUUUGGUUUCGGCAGGUUGCUGUGCUGAUCACAUGGAGUAACGUCCCAGGAACCGGAAUCACCUCGCACCCCAGGCCCCACACGGUCCCAGGUGUGCACAUCUUCGUCAGGCCUUGGGGAAGAUGGCAGCUCUGGGGGACGGUCAGGAGCCCCCUCGUGUCCCAUCCCCUGUCAGUCUCGAGUCACCGGGGACACUUGGAACCCACCACCAGGAGGCCCGGCUUCACUCCCACAACCAACACGGUUCCCAGCCGGAGCUGGGCCCGGCUCUGCCAUCUCCCCAGCCGCAGGGCCCUGUGCGUGAGAUGGCCUGGAGUGGCGGGGCGCUGGGGACCCUCCUGAGGAGCCUCCCCCGUCGGCGCGCGUGUGCCGACCGCUCUGGGCAGGAGGCCAGCUUGGAGCAGCCAGUGGGCCAGGCAGGGGCCGUGUCCUGCCCUCAGAAGAGGGGCGCCUGGCACGUGCCCCUCGUGCCGCAGGGAGCCUCUGGGGCGGAGGCCGGCCCGGAGCCGGGGGACAGCUUUGGCCGGGGCGCAGGCCCGCGGAGCGGGAAGCCGCACCGCUGCGAGGCCUGCGGCAAGAGCUUCAAGUACAACUCGCUCCUGCUGAAGCACCAGCGCGCGCACACGGGCGAGAAGCCCUACGCCUGUCACGAGUGCGACAAGCGCUUCCGCGGCUGGUCCGGCUUCAUCCAGCACCACCGCGUGCACACGGGCGAGAAGCCCUACGAGUGCGGCCAGUGCGGCCGCGCCUUCAGCCACAGCUCGCACUUCACGCAGCACCUGCGCGUGCACAACGGCGAGAAGCCGUACGCGUGCGGCCAGUGCGGCCAGGCCUUCAGCCAGAGCUCCAACCUGGUGCGGCACCAGCGGCUGCACACGGGCGAGAAGCCGUACGCCUGCAGCCAGUGCGGCAAGGCCUUCGUCUGGAGCUCCGUGCUCAUCGAGCACCAGCGCAUCCACACGGGCGAGAAGCCCUACGAGUGCGGCGCCUGCGGCAAGGCCUUCCGCGGCCGCUCGCACUUCUUCCGCCACCUGCGGACCCACACGGGCGAGAAGCCCUUCGCCUGCGGCGCCUGCGGCAAGGCCUUCGGCCAGAGCUCGCAGCUCAUCCAGCACCAGCGGGUCCACUACCGGGAGUAGCGGCCCGUCAGGCCUCCGGGGGCCUGCAGAGGGCUCCGGCCUUCUCGCCCUUUCCGGCGGGCCGCACAUCCGAGUGUCCCGAAUAAAUUCUUUUUAAGUGAUGGAA